AGGGUUCGUUUGGUUUGAUUAUUAAAGGAGCUAAUACCCUUUGUUGAAUAUCGUCAAAAAUUAAAGGCCUAAUACGUAAAUGUAUUUUUUAAUUUGACAUCAAUUUAUAUUUAUGUCUUUUUAACGCCACUUCGAUUGCACGAAUUGAUACACAAAACCAGACAGGUGUUGUUGAAUCUUGAUUCUAAGCAUGAAGCGCGAUUACUCAGAGUCUUCAUCUUCAACUUCUCAUGGACCUCCACUAUCCAAAUUUAAACACAACCCUCAAGGCGAUACUCAUUUUCUGGAAGAUGAAAGCACAAAAAUCUUUGCUAGGAAGGUGGCUGAUCAUUACAGUUCAAGGACCAACCAAACUCUUGAAGAGCGUGAAGCAAGUCCUAUCAUCCAUUUAAAGAAACUUAACAAUUGGAUCAAGAGUGUCUUGAUUCAACUCUAUACGAAAAGAGGGGAUGCAGUUCUUGAUCUUGCUUGUGGGAAGGGCGGUGAUCUCAUUAAAUGGGAUAAAGCAAACGUUGGAUAUUAUGUUGGCAUUGAUAUUGCCGAUGGUUCGAUAGAAGACUGCCGAACCCGCUACAAUGGUGACGCAGAUCACCAUCAGCGCCGCAAGAAGUUCUCAUUUCCUGCCAGACUUAUGUGUGGAGAUUGUUAUGAGGUUCGUCUGGAUCGGGUUUUAGCAGAUGAUGCACCUUUUGAUGUUUGUAGCUGUCAGUUUGCUAUGCAUUAUUCUUGGUCUACUGAAGCCCGUGCACGGCGUGCGCUGGCCAACGUCUCAGCUUUACUUCGACCUGGAGGAACAUUUAUUGGAACAAUGCCAGAUGCUAACGUCAUCAUUAAGAAGCUAAGAGAAGCUGAAGGGCUAGCUUUUGGUAAUAGUGUCUACUGGAUACGUUUUGAUGAAGAAUUUUCAGAGAAGAAAUUUAAAUCUUCAAAUCCUUUUGGCAUCAAAUACAAGUUCCAUCUGGAGGAUGCUGUUGACUGCCCCGAAUGGAUUGUUCCUUUCCAUGUCUUCAAGGCAUUGGCUGAAGAGUAUGGCUUUGAGCUAGUUUUUGUGAAGAAUAAUCACAUGUUUGUAGACGAAUACUUGAAGAAACCAGAAUUCGUUGAACUAAUGAGGAGGCUCGGUGCAUUAGGUGAUGGGAACCAAGACCGAAGUACAUUAUCACCAGAUGAAUGGGACGCUGCCUACCUUUAUUUGACAUUUGUUCUUAGAAAGCGAGGGCAACCAGAUCAAACACGCCGAAACCCGAAACGAGACCAAGGCAAGAUGCAUUUGACAAAAGAAGAUAUCGAGAAUGUUAACGGUGCAGCGUAGUGCAAUGCUUCAACCUCUGAACCUGGAAGGACUGGUAUGGCACAUGUGGAAUUAUCACCAAAAUGUGCUCCUUUCGAGUCGAUAAAUCGAGCUGCUAAUCAAUUUUGGAGAAUAGUAAAGCCUAUAGUUAUGGCCUUGAUCAUUUGUCACAACUUCAACUUGCUAUAAUACUCCAUCAUAAAAGUAAGCCAGCAUAGUUAAAAAGAAACACGUCCUUGCAGUUGAUGUGGUCAGAUGCAGCUGAAUCUAAAGAUAUUAAGUCACCAAAGCAAUGUCUGUCCGCUUGCAACUACUUGUAAGUUGUGUACAUCAAAAGAGAGAAAAUAAUCCAAAAUUUCUACGAUACAAGGCAAUUGAACGCUGUUAAAGAUUACAUUAUAUGUUGUUUGAUUACUUAUGUUUUAUCACACUUGGGGAGAUAGCUUGUCCAAAGUUAAUAAUCAUCGUAAAACAACUACUCCAUUUUAAAUCA